CCCUACCCCCGUCGGAACUGCUAUGCACCACCUACCCACUCCGCACACCCAUCUACACACACCAUUGCUCCUUCUCAGAUUCCUCUCCUCGCUCUACCCCCACACAUUGCUACAUCUCAAUCCCCCAAUUCCUCGGGAGGUCAAGCUUUGGUACCAAGGCACUCUUGGUGGAAGAUCAACCAAGACAAGCUUGACAAGGUUUACGAGUUUAUGGCUUCAGAGCUUGAAGCAAGACAGGAGGUCAUUCAGGAGAAGGAGAAACAAGUGAAGGAAGAAGAAGAACGACAAAAGGCUAGAGAAGCCGAGGAGAAGGCGUCAAGGAAACUCAAAGAGAGACAGGACUUCGAAGAUCGGAUCAGCACGAUGGUCGGGAUGAAGAUCAAUAACGCGUGCGACCUGUUCCUUGGCAGAUCGGAAGGCGCGAGGACUGGAGGGAUAGGCGAGGGUGCGCGGACUUUCUCCAAUAGAGCAAUCCGCCCCAGCUUGGAUGUGGACAAGGACAGGCUGGAGAAACAAAUCGAGCUAUUAAGGCGGGAGUACGAACUCAUCAAGAAGCAGAUGGAGGAACUUUUUCGUUCCUCCAGGAAUGUCGGUAUGAAGAGAUCUGGAACAGGAGUGUGCAUCACCAGUCCACCUGAAGCGCCACCUAGAGGUAGGCCACGAGCUGUGGGAAUUUCUACUCCUACGCAGAAUGACUUCGACAAACUUCUCAAAGCCUACAACACGAUGAAGGAGGGCAAGCGCAUUGCUGAUCUGGAGGUGCAGGCCAUCAAAGAAAGGUUCGAGAAGGCUGUUGCAAGGCUGGUUAGGCAGGGGCGUACUCCAAGAUCCAAUCUCUCAAAGCGCCUGAACGAGGCUACGGACGACAAUGACUUGGAGAAUAUGGGCCAGCCAGAGGAGGGUUUAGACGACUUAACCAUUCGACCAUCUCCACCUAAGAGGACGUCUGGAAGAUUGGCAGUUAAGGCGGCACUGGCGGAACGAGCGGAGUUCGUCAAGGAAACGAGGAAGUACCUGAAGAGAUUGAAGAAGAACGGGCUGCAGAUCUUAUGCAACAAGGAGGGCAUAACGUUUGUGACAUGUGAACAAGCUAUCAACGAAAUCUCAAAACUGCGGGCGUCGGUGGCUUUCGAUUUCCGACAACCACCUAAGACUGGCGCCGCAGCUCGCGCUCACCAUGAAUCAGAUGUGGAAGAAGCACGUGAAGCAGACAACGAGGCGCAGGACGUCGACGCCACGCAGCAUGUUGAUGUAGCCGAUGAUGAGGAGCAACUAAGGGACGAAUAGGGGCUCGGCCCAAGCGAUGAAGACCUGUGGAAGCUGGCAAGGGAAUGUUCACUCCUUCGCAGCUAGAAAAACGACCUU